GUACAUGCAGUACCAGCCAUCACUUCACCAAGAUCUUCAAUUACUACUAUCUUAGGUUGUGGGAAUGCACUUGGAACUCAACAUCCACCAUAUUUUAUCUUUAAAGGACAGCGCAUGAAUAAUGAGCUACUUGCUGAAUCUACACCAGGAGUGUCUGGCUGUGUAACUGACAGUGGCUGGUCCAAUUCAGACACUUUCUUGAAAUACUUGAAUGAUCAUUUUCUUAAAUUUGUUCAAAGGCCAGAUGAAAGCCAGUCUAUUUUACUAAUUUUUGAUGGGCACAGGUCCCAUAUUAACAUUCCAGUCAUAGAAUGGGCCAAGCAACACAAUAUCAUACUAUUUGUACUUCCAGCUCAUACUAGUCACUUAUUACAACCCCUAGAUGUAGGGUGCUUUGGACCACUGCAGCGUGUUUAUAACUCAGAGUGUCACAAAUUCUUACGAACAAGUCCAGAAUCUAGAAUUACUCGGUACAAUGUUUGUAAGUUAGCAUGUUCAGCAUAUGCAGCUGGAUUAUCUGCAAGUAACUUGAGAUCUGCAUUUCAGAAAACAGGUAUUUAUCCGUUUCAACCAGCUGCAAUCUCUAAAGAUGCAUUAGCUCCUGCAGAUGCUUAUCACCUCACACCUAUGACACAAAAUACUGUCUGUUCUCAAAAGCCUUCUGGUGAUCCCGGGGACUUUUUUUCUCCUGACCACUAGUUGAUUGCUAAGAAGCAGGAAUUUGAAAGUAAAAAGGAACAUAAAAAUACUGUUAGCAAAAUAGUAUCUGGUAAAUGUAUUACUAAUCCAGUUGUUGAGAAAAAAAACCAUUGAAUUCUCUGAGGGUCAGAAAAAGAGGAAAACUGAGUCAUCAAAAACAGGUAAAGUGUCUAAAAAUAAAAAGGUAUCAAAAUUACCUAAACCUAAAAAUGUUCAGAAGAAACUCUUGGGAUUUGAACCCCUGCCCGGUCCUUCAAAAGUUGUUGUAUAUCCUUCUGACUCGUCUGACUUCUCAGACACUGAAAUUACUGAUUCAGAAAAAUGUUGUGUAUGUCAUAAAUUUGAGCCUGAGGAACUCAGAAAUAUUGUGUCACUGGUUUUUGUUAAAUUGGCCAAGUGCGACAUUGUUGGAUGUGAUCACUGGACCCACUUGAAAUUUUGCUGUCCUCAAAGGGUUGUUAGGUAUAAUGACAGUUUUGAAUGUCCAUGCCACCAAAGAAAUUCUGAACUGACUGAAGAGUAAAUUAGAAAUGUCAUAAAAAAUGAAACCAAGUGAAAAUAUUGUAAAAACCUUGUUUUUGUUGUGUUUUUCUGUUUUUAUAUUUGCAGAAAUAUUAACCUGUACUGUGGUUAUGCUUCAACUGUGUUGGAAUAGAUAUUUUGAACUGCUGUAUACUUUUAAAACAAUGCAAUGUCAAGGUCACGAAAAUUGGUGGGUUUCCAAAAUGGCUGACUUUAUAUACAUGUUGUUUUUGUAGGGGGAUUGUGCAUCAUUUAAAGGAAGUUUUCAUUUUUUAUAGUUUAUAUAUUGUCUGCUGGGAUAUUGAUUAAAAGCACGUUGGAGAGAAGUAAGAAAAACGACCUCAAAUAUUUGACCUCAAGUAUGACAUUCACCUGUGAUGUUGCGCUUGCCACAUCAACUAACUAUGAGGAACGUUUUCAAAUCUCCUGAUGGAUGAUACAGUUAUUAAACAGACACAUAACGUACCCGGUUAACCUUUAUCAUCGUACAGUGGCAUUGACCUUUGCCUAGUGGAUCGGUGAACAAUUGUUCCAAGCUACAUAAUGGAGCGGAUACAAUAAAGACCUGUGACCAUCAAGUGUGAACUUGGACUUGUAUAUGUAUAUGACUUUUGUGCCAAGUAAUACCAAAUUCUUUAUUGAGUGGUUAAAAGUCGCCGCAUGACCUACGAUUGUGUCGGUGCGACGUUAAACCCAACAAUAAAAAAAUGUGGUUUAGUUAUAAAGCGGACAGGAAAAAUACUAUUGACAUUUGACCUCCAAGUUUAACUUUGGGCUUUAAUUGGGGGUCAUAUACGUUGCGCAAUACACAUUGUCUCAUUAUCGGAAACAUCUGUGCCAAGUAAUAAUAUACUCGUGUAUGGAUGGCACUGUCAUGUAAUGGGUAAAAUCAGGACCGUUCUGAUACCAUGUUUACUUUUUACCUGAAAGUGUGACUACGAAAUUUAUAAUUCAGUCUCGAAGCAUAACGCGCCAUCUUGUUAUUGGAAAAUUUAUGCUAAAAUAUUUAAUUCAUUAGAUGGUAAAUGCACGAAAAGGAAACAAAUCUAUCAUAGUGUGAUCUUGACCUUUAAGCUAGAUGUUUUGGUGUCGCACCUGGCAUACUGUCUUAUUAUGAGACAAAUUUGUGCCAAGUAAUGGCAUGAGCCUUUGAUGGAUGGAAGUGUUAUAGACUGGACAGACCCUGCUAAUACCAUGUUAACCUUUGAUCUCAAAGUGUAAAGUCACAUUCUGAGUUAGACAUGUCAUUUCAUUACAACUAAACAUUUUUGCCAUGUAAUGUUAAAUCCGUUUAAGGGUGUCAGAGUUAUCGGCGGACACGGAAGUGCGGACGGAGAGAUGGUACAUCGGACGAACGGAAAAGCGCAUUCCUGUAGUCCCCAAACUGGUUUUUAAUCAGUAAAGGAAUAUUAAUAAUGAUGAAAAUAUUUCUACAAGUAAAAAUAACAGCUUUUUAAUAUCGAUAAUAUAAAUAGAAUGUGAUUUCAAAUAAGAUUUAAAAGUAAAUGAAGAAUGUUCAAGUAUGCAUGGUGAUAAAUAUAUCACGAACCUAUAUACGACUCAUAAGCAGAACGUUUAAACAGUUUUCAUUUGGCAUUUCAGCAUGCAAAAAAGACCUGUAUUUUUAGAAGGCAUAAUAAACUAAGAGGCAAUGCCACCAGGUAUUACCAAGUUUAAACUGAUUCAAUAAACAUGUAGCCAAUAUUGAAUAUUUUACGGGUAAUGCGUAUAUGUAUGUAAACUUAUUCAAUAGUUUAAAUACACUGACAUGAAAAUGUAUUUUGUGUAUUACAGAAAAUUUAAAUAAGGAAGUAACAGUGCACGAAGUUGCAAUUUUAUAAGAAAAUGUGUAUCAAAACAACAAAUUUUAAUUGAAACUAUGGGUAGCCGAGAAAAACAAGAUGGAGGUUAUAGUUGGAUUAUUUGUUUUUCACUUUUCAUCGUUGAAGUGUUAGUUGACGGUAUUAGGUUUUCCUAUGGGCUUUAUUUUGUGGAAUUUCUCGCCGAAUUCAAAAAGACAAAGGCAGAAACAGCAUGGAUUGGUGGUAUAAUGGUUGGUGUCUCUAACAUUGGAGGCUUCGGUUUUGGCUUGGUGUAUCUAUCUGGAACAGUUGCCAUCAGUCGAUACUUUCUCAAGAAACGGGCUCUAGCAAUUGGUAUUUCUUUUUGCGGAAGUGGAAUAGGGCUAUUUGUUUUACCACCUCUUGUCAGGUUACUUUUUGAGGCAUAUUCAUGGAGAGGAAGUUUGUUUAUUCUGGCGGGCUUGAUGCUAAACUGUUGUGUGUGUUCCGUUUUAUACAGACCUUUACAUCCCGCUGUUACUGCUAAUGAGGAAUAUGAUGUUAAGGGUUGUGAUAAAUCUGCGGCAAAUGAUAAUUGUGUCACCUCUGGAAAUGGACAAGUUGCUCUUGAACAUGCUAGUCCUUUACUCACUAAUGAGAACAGAUUAAUCACUGAUAAACCUGUUAAAGAAAGGAAACCUGGAAGUUCAUCAACACCACGAAGGUUCGCCGAAAUGAAAAAGGAACAGCUACAACCUUUAAAGGAAGGCAAUGAUUUUGCGUCGCAAUGGAGCCUUACUAAAGCUGUGUUAAGCCAAAGUAUUUUUGGUAGCAAUGCUUCUUUUCAAUACAUUAUAGAAAAACACAACAAAACUAAAAAUUCAGUAUUAAGUCUUCAACAGCCAAAUACAAAAGCUGCUGAGAUAGAAAUAAAUAUACAAAAUAAUCGUUUCAAGAGUUCACUAAUAGAAAGUAUGUUUCCAAAAGAAUUAGUGACCAAUAUAAACUUCAUAAUAAUGAUGAUAGCAACGUUUAUGUUGGGUGUCCCGUCCUUUGUUCCAUUUAGUAUGUUACCAGAUUAUGCCCUCACGACUGACUCUUCGCCAUCACAAGCCGCAUGGCUACUAUCUGCAAUUGGAAUUGGAGGUACGAUUGGUCGUAUGGGUGCUGGGAUACUAUCUGAUAUGCCAUGUGUUCACCGUCUUACCUUGAACAGUGUCUGCUUUCUUACAGUCGGGGCAGUUACAGUAGUUGCAGCUAUUUUACCAAAGUAUGAAGUGCUUCUGAGUUCCUCGGUGAUUUUUGGAGUGUUCUAUGGUGCUAUUUACGUCGUACAACCCGUUGUCUUGUUAGAGUACAUUGGUGAACAAUACGUUAGUGAGUUUAUGGGAGUCUUAAUGAGUGUUUAUGGAGUAUCUGGUUUGAUUGGAAACCCUCUUGCAGGGCCUGUGUUUGCCUUUAUCGUAAACAAAGUUGGAUACAGAAAAGCCUCGCUAAUCGGUACACUUGUAGGAACGGCGGGAUUAAUCAGCAGCAGUUAUGCCACAGAAGUGUAUCAUUUAUAUUUAAGUUAUGGAGCACUACAAGGCUUCGGUUUUGGCUUGGUGUAUCUAUCUGGAACAGUUGCCAUAAGUCGCUAUUUUCUCAACAAACGGGCUCUAGCAAUUGGUAUUUCUUAUUGCGGAAGUGGUAUAGGACUAUUUGUUAUACCACCUCUCGUCAGGUUACUUUUUGAGGCAUAUUCUUGGAGAGGAAGUUUGUUUAUUCUGGCGGGCAUGAUGCUAAACUGCUGUGUGUGUUCCGUUUUAUACAGACCUUUACAUCCCGCUAAUGUUACUUUUAAUGAGGAAGAUGAUGUUAAGGUUUGUGAUAAAUCUGCGGCAAUUGAUAAUUGUGUCACCUCUGGAAAUGAACAUGUUGCUCUUGAACAGGCUAGUCCUUUACUCAAUAAUGAUAACAGAUUAAUCACUGAUAAGCCUGUUAAAGAAGGGAAACUUGUAAGCCCAUCAACACCACGAAGCUUCGCCGAAAUGAGAAAAGAACAGCUACAGUCUUUAAAUGAAAUCAAUGAUUAUGCGUCGCAACGGAGCCUUACCAAAGCUGUGUUAAGCCAAAGUAUUUUUGGUAGCAAUGCAUCUUUUCAAUACAUUAUUGAAAAACACAACAAAACUAAAAAAUCACUUCUAAGUCUCCAAAAGCCAAAUACAAAAGCUGCUGAGAUAGUCAUAAAUAUACAAGGCAAUCAUUUCAAGUGUUCACUAAUAGAAAGUUUGUUUCCAAAAGAAUUAGUGACCAAUAUAAAUUUCAUAAUAAUGAUGAUAGCAACGUUCUUGGUGGGUGUCCCGUCCUUUGUUCCAUUUAGUAUGUUACCAGAUUAUGCCCUUACGACUGAUUCCUCACCAUCACAAGCCGCAUGGCUACUGUCUGCAAUUGGAAUUGGAGGUACGAUUGGUCGUAUGGGUGCUGGAAUACUAUCUGAUAUGCCAUGUGUCCACCGCCUUACCUUGAACAGUGUCUGCUUUCUUACAGUCGGGGCAGUUACAGUAGUUGUAGCUAUUUUACCAACGUAUGAAGUGCUUCUUAGUUCCUCGGUGAUUUUUGGACUGUUCUAUGGUGCUAUUUACGUCGUACAACCCGUAGUUCUGUUAGAGUACAUUGGUGAACAAUAUGUUAGUGAGUUUAUGGGAGUGCUUAUGAGUGUUUAUGGAGUAUCUAGUUUAAUUGGAAGUCCUCUUGCAGGUUUGAUUUUUGAUAUCACCGGCAGUUACAGAACUACAUUCUUGGUCGCUGGGGUAAUGUUCACACUUGGCGGUGUGGUAAACUUUCUCGUAUUUUGCACAAAGACCAGUAGAAAUAGCAGACUGCAGGCUAGUCAGGAACAGGAGGUUAUACAAGAAAAUGUUGAAUACAAUGUAUUAUAACUAUUCCAUGUUUAUAUGACGCCUUAUGUACAUAUUUAAUAUAUUUCUAAAGGAGUAGAGUGGGGCCUUAACAGUAUCUUUGGAUACUGUAUCUUUGUCUUUGGUUCAAAGUAUUAUACUGAAAUAAAAAAAGUAGAAAACUACAGGUCGUCCAACACGACGUUAACGAAACUAUUGCAGGCUCUGUUUGACUUAGCCUGUUCGUGGACGGAUUGAACAGAACUGAACAUUUACACAUGUUAUAAGUACCCGAAUAUAACCUAGAGACAUCCACAGAUGUAUUCAUACGGCAAAAUUAGCUUGUUGAAACGUUUUGUUCAUAUUAGUGAGCAACGUUCAGGUAACAUAUACAUUGUUAGUGCAAUGAGACGUUUCAAUUACAAGGCAUAGACAAUCCAGUUUUACGUAUUUUGUCGAAUUAAAAUUUCAAAA